UUAAUCUUCAUCAACUUCUUCAAUAUUCAUUCUCAUUCUUUAUUCAGUUCAUCACUUCAAAUAUUUUCAUUUAGUGGCUUCUUACUUGUAUCGAUUAAGUUCAAUUAAGCUCGAUGAGGAUGUCUUUCCCUUUCUUUUCCGGUCAUGGAAAUGUCAUGGCUGUUGCACUCGUGAUGUUGGUUUUCAUGAGCGCAACAAGUGAAGCGCAAUUAUCUUCUACAUUUUAUGACAAAACCUGUCCAAACGCUCUUAUCACUAUCAAAAAUGCCGUAAGAACAGCUGUUUCAAGUGAAAGGCGGAUGGCCGCGUCCCUAAUCCGCCUCCAUUUCCAUGAUUGCUUUGUCCAGGGUUGUGAUGCAUCAAUCUUACUUGAUGACGCUCCUUCUAUCACAAGUGAAAAGGGCGCAUUGCAAAACAACGGUUCUGUGAGAGGCUUUGAAGUCAUAGACAAAGCAAAAGCUGAAGUGGAGAAGGUCUGCCCUGGUGUCGUAUCUUGCGCAGAUAUUCUCGCUGUCGCCGCUCGGGAUGCAUCCGUUGCCGUGAGCGGUCCAUCUUGGACGGUGAAACUUGGAAGAAGAGAUUCCACCACGGCAAGCCAAAGCCUAGCUGAAAGUUCACUUCCACUUUUCACGGACAGCCUUGACCGCCUUAAAGAGCGAUUUGGCGACUUAGGCCUCAACGCGAGAGAUUUGGUUGCACUGUCAGGUGCACAUACAAUUGGACAGGCUCGUUGCGUUACAUUCCGUGGCAGGAUUUACAACAAUGCAAGUGACAUCGAUUCUAACUUUGCCACUACUCGCAAACGUCGUUGUCCAGCUGACGCAAACAACGGCGAUGCAAAUUUGGCACCGCUCGAGUUGGUGACACCGAACUCAUUCGACAACAAUUACUACAAGAAUUUGAUUCAGAAGAAGGGUCUUCUUGAAUCGGAUCAAGUUCUUUUUAGUGGAGGUUCCACAGACAGCAUCGUCUCCGAGUACAGUUCCAAGCCCGCAACUUUUAAGGCUGAUUUUAUCACCGCUAUGAUUAAAAUGGGAGACAUUAAUCCUCUCACCGGUUCAGCUGGAGAGGUCAGAAGGAUUUGCAGUGCUCUCAACUAAAUUCUUACUUACUUGAGCCACAAGAUUGAGUAUCCAUACAUGACAAUGUAACUUAAUCUCUAUAUCGAAAAUUUCUUUCAGUUUUUUUUUUUUUUU